CUAUCCAGUAUAUCAGCUAGAGGUGCUCAUUCGACCAAUUCGGCUCGCUCUGCUGUUGUUCGAGCUUUUGACUUUUCAACCCGACCUACGUGACACCGUCGACUCCUGGCGACCUUUUCAAACCACCCCUCAACACAGCUUGAUUCCAAGCCACAACCUACAUUUGAAAGCUUUCUCAGAAGUUGAUCUGUUAGCUUAAGCACAAUGACUCUCUACUACAGUCUCGUGUUCUGCCUCUUGGUGUUCGAGAUGGCGGUCUUUAUGGGCCUCAUCAUCCCCCUUCCGUUCACCGUGAAGAGGAAGCUCUUCGCUUUCAUCUCGGAGAGUCCGAUAGUAGCAAAAUUACAAUAUGGAUUGAAGAUCACGUUCAUCUUCAUCCUCAUUCUCUUCAUCGAUAGCGUCAACCGCGUUUACCGUGUUCAGCUGGAGCUGGCCUCCUUUGGCAAGGAGGGAGGCACCAUGGGAGCGGCCGCCCUCGGAACUGAUCGCAUGGAAGUCCAAGCCCGGAAGUUCUACUCGCAGCGCAACAUGUACCUUUGCGGAUUCACUCUCUUCUUGUCUCUUAUCCUCAACCGCACUUACACCAUGAUCCUGGACGUCCUCCGUCUUGAGGACAGAGUCAGACUCCUCGAGGGCGACAAGAAGGCUGGCGGCAAGGACUCUGCCCGUCUUGCGCAGGCUGGUGAUGCCGGUGAGAUCGGACGUCUCAAGCAGGAGCUUGAGGCCAAGGACCGCGACAUUGAGACCUUGAAGAAGCAGUGCGAGGGUCUUACCCGUGAAUACCACAAGCUGGGUGACCAGGUCUCUGGUGAGAAGGACAACGGUCCCAAGAAGGACAUGUAAUUCUUUUCUCGAGUUUGCGACAAGAAAUACGGCUGCGGCUUGUUGGUCAACCGGGGCUGGAUUCUUUACUUUUAAGGCUGAGUGGUUUACCUUGCAAGCCGCCUGCAGGCUGCUCUCUGAUUUCGAUUAUUCUUCGAAUUCGGGUCUGGAUAGGUAGAUUGUUGAGAUCAAC